AUGGAAGAAUCUCUCGGCGACUUUGGAAAACUGCCAGCAGAACUACGAAUCCUGAUAUGGGAAGACCUCCUAUCCUCCGGAUCACCAGCUAUUCUGCGAACAAACAAAGCCAUCUUCAACGACAUCGCAGGUCGCCUCUACGACACACUGCAAAUUCACAUCUCUCCCUCCUACGCCGAUAGUUGGCUUCAACUCCAGUGCAACAGACUUCGAGUGAGUCGGCAUCUAAGCAAGCUAGAGCUUAAGAAGAAGUUCGACAAAUUCCAGGAUCUUCCCUGGGGCUCGCUCAAACUUGUGGUUUAUGUAUACGCUCCCGAUCCCAACGACCCUGGCCAAAUUAUCCUGCUAUGGCAGAGACUGCAAGACCUCGUCCUCAUAUUGAGAUAUGCCGGAUCUCAACCAUCUCAGAUCACCGUUCGCCUCAAAACCCACCACAACCAUCCCUGGGAACAAGAAGGCACGAUAAACGAGAGCAUCAAAUACCCCGGAGACACUCUCCCAGACUUCCUUAUAGCCUUCCUGCCCUUCUGUCGCUUGGACGGCGUUCACGAUGUCCAAGUCACCACCGAUUCAUGCACACUGCACGAAUCUCCCAGCUGGGCCCUCCUAACCCGCUGCUGCAACUACAUCAUAAACGACCAAGAAAAGGAAGACAACGGUCUCGAAUUCACCAUCCCCAUUCCUGCAUUCAGCAACAUCAAAGCUCUGAGGAUAGACACCGGUUUCUUCCUGGACACCCACUUGGACACCAUCCCCGGACCCACUGCUAAUAUGCUCCGACGCGAUCGCUUCGCUGAAUGGUUCACUUCCGGGUCUUUCUAUGGGGAUGAAUUUUCGGCUACUCUCCGCGAGCAUCCAUAUAUUAUUCCCAUGCAUGAUCCACACCUGCGGCAAUGGUGGAUCAGAUGCGAGAGGUAUCAUAUGAUAGUUAUAAACACUGUCUUGGAUGACUUCCGACUUGGACAUCCAGUGACUGACGGUACGUUUUGGAAUCGGAUCUAUCCUAACGGGCUCCGUGCAUUUACGGAAGAUUGGGACUGA